AUGACCAAUUCGACUGCCCAAACCCCUCCCGAACCCCGCGUCCUGAUCUCGACCGAGGACCUCAAUCGACGGAUCACCGAGCUUGCCAGCGAGAUCGACCGCGACUACCGCGACAGCGAGAGCUUGAUCACCAUCGGCGUGCUCAAAGGCUCGGUGUUCUUCAUGGUCGACCUACUGCAGAAGGUGAAGGUCCCGUUGGCGGUGGACUUCUUCCAGACCUCGAGCUAUGGCGACGGUACAUCGCCAGGUGAGGUGCGGAUCAAGAAGGACAUCGACCUGCCGAUCCGUGGCAGCGACGUGCUGCUGAUCGAAGACAUCAUCGACACCGGCUACACCCUGCGCACCAUUCUCGAUCUGCUGCGCUUUCGCGGCGCCCGCAGCGUCAAGCUCUGCACCCUGCUAGACAAGGUGUCUCGGCGCGAGGUCGACGUCCCGAUAGACUACCGCGGCUUCGAGAUCGACGAUGUUUUCGUGGUCGGCUACGGGCUAGACUACGCCCAGCGCUAUCGCAACUUGAACUACAUCGGGGUCUUCGACGAGAUCCCCGAAGAAUGA